AUGUGGUGGUCUAUUGGUUCUACGGAACGCUAUAUGCUGUACGCUCGGGUCUGGUUCUGGUCGGGCGGCGAGUUACCCUUUCUUAUUCGUCGUCCGCAGACCCGCACUUAUGGUGGCCGGAGAUCGUCUCUCGAUCCUCGACGCCUGGAAGGUCGCCUACUGCGGAGACCGAGGCUUGAGGAGAGGGAUAGCUCCCUCACGCCUCUCGCAGAGGACGAGGCAAUCAUUGCGACGAACACGGAUGCAACAGAGUGCAAGCGAUGCGCCGUGGAGCUUGGUUACUGGAAAGAUGAUUACAUUUCGUAUUUUGUACGGCACGUUGAUCGCAAAGCCCCGGAGAUAAAUCGCGGGUAUUAUGCGCGAGUCAGAGCUAUGGAAAUAUUUAUUCAUCAAUUCUUAGAGCGCUGUGGCACCAAAUGUCAGAUCAUUAAUUUGGGCUGUGGUUAUGAUACAUUAUACUGGCGUCUUAAGGACACAACACAGGCGGUGGGCAAUUUUAUUGAACUUGACUUCCCAGCAGUUACAUCAAAAAAAUGCCACAUUAUUAAACGGAAUAAGCAAUUGCUUCAGAAAAUAGCAAAUGAAGAUGGCGAGGUGAUGAUCCGCGAGGGCGACCUACACUCGGACGGAUACCACCUGCUGGGCUGCGACCUGCGCUGCCUGGCCGAGGUGCGGCGCAAGCUGGCGGCGGCGGGCGCGGGCCCGCAGGCGCCGGCGCUGGUGCUGGCGGAGUGCGUGCUGGUGUACCUGCGCCCCGACGCCGCCGACGCGCUGCUGCGCCAUCUGGCGGCCUCCUUCCCGCGCUGCGCGCUGCUGGUGUACGAGCAGUGCAACCUGGGCGACAAGUUCGGGGAAGUCAUGGUGCGCAACCUGUCGGCGCGCGGCUGCGUGGUGGCAGGCGCGCGGCUGGCGGGGUCGCCGACGGCGCAGGCGGAGCGUCUGGCCGCGCUGGGCUUCGACUCGGCGCGCGCCUGGGACAUGGAGGCGGUGUGGCGCUCGUUCCCGGAGGAGGACCGCGCGCGCGUCGAGGCGCUGGAGAUGCUGGACGAGCGGGAACUCUUGCUGCAGCUCAACUCACACUACGCGCUGUGCGUGGCCACGCGCGGGGACAUCUUCGCCGACAUGGACCUCAACGCGUAGGCGACCGCGCCCUUCUUGUCUCCGAUUCAUUUCGAUGUUUUGUGUAAUGUUUAAGCGUGCAGUUUGUGCGUUGGUAAAUAACUGCAUUGUUGUAUAGAGUAUAGUCGGUAUCGAUUAGAAAACGACUCGAUCUUAUUACGUAUUAAAUUAUGAUAUGUAUUUCUGCAACGAGUACUCUGCGUCGUAAGAACACGUACAUAGAGAGGUGUUUGUUUACUGGAUGCGUUACUCAACUCGUAGCACGAUACUUCUAUUAACCAGAUUAUAUUUUUAUUGUGAUGAAUCUUUCCCUGUGAUGUAUCCCUAUUUUAUAUAAUUUGCCUUGGCAUAUCAACUAUUGGGGUGAUCAGAUCGAUGCUUGCAGUGGUGCUGUCGAGGGUCC